UUUAUUUUUGAUACGACACUAAAGCUUCUUUUUUUCUCUGUGUAAACAACAAUGGAUUCUUCAAUGUCGACGAAGAAGAAAACCAAACUCUCUCUGAGAAACCAAACUCGUUUCAAGAAAUCAUCUCUCUCUUCUUCUACUGCAAAAAGGACCACGAAUUUGUCUAUGAGGGAAGAUACCAUGUUUAAGAAAGCCUUCGAGCUUUCAACUCUGUGCGACAUUGAAGUCUGUGUCAUAUAUUACGGUCGUGACGGAGAACUCAUCAAGACAUGGCCGGAGGAUCAAUCCAAGGUUCGAGACAUGGCUGAGAGAUUUACCAAACUAAACGAGAGAGAGAGACGCAAGAAAAGCACAAACCUUUCUCUGUUGCUAAGGAAGAAGAUCCUCGACGACAAUAAGCUCUCGGAGAAAGUCUUAGAGAUGAAGGAUUCGUUAGAAAGUGGUCUACGGGUAUUACAAGACAAGCUUCGGUUACUCCAACCCGAGAACCAGACCGAGUUAGGUCAGAGCCGUGUGGUUUCUUCCACAACGAAUCCAUUGUCUUCUCCUGAGGAUCAUCAUCAACAACAAUGGACAGAAUCAUUGGUGAAUGGUGUGUCAAACACAGAGCAAGACCUAUCGAUGUCAUCAUUGAGUCAACAUCAGAGCAAAUUUUCAAUCUUUCUCUAUAACCAUGACAAUGGUAGCUUCUGUCAACUCCCUGACUCUGUUUCUAGCUUUGACCAAUCGGCUUUACUUGGGGCACAAGGAUCAGAUCUAAGAAGUAACUUUGAUCAUCUUCCCAUGGUGUUCCCUCCUCAGAUGCAGACACAAACCCCACUUGUCCACUUUGAUCAGUUUGCGCCAUGGAAUCAAGCACCAUCUUUUACAGAUCCAAUGAUGUUCUCUUAUAAUUAGGUCUUGUUGUUCCAAGAUCUGAUUCUUUGACUUGGUCCACGUUUUAUUAUGUUCUAAUAUGUAUUUCCACUUUAGAUUAUGUGUUUAACUGUUUCUUCACGUACCUGAUUAAGAGUUUGUAAGAAAUCCAUUGAAUUGUAUGCAUGUUUUCCUAAGUAUGAAUGUUAUUCUUUUCAAGUUUCUAAAAACAGUCUUGGCUUCUUUUAUUUUUGUCUGAGUCUUAUCUUUGAGUUUUAAAACCUGCUAUAUUAAGAGAUUUAAUAUAAUAGACAUUGAAUG